GAUCGCUCCACCUACUUCUUACUCUCAAAAGCCUUCUCAUGCCUUCUUUUUUAUUAAAAGAUUCUAUUCACUAAAGAAUACUCUUAGACUAUACUAUACUUUGACGCACCAUUGUAACACAGCUGCACUAGCGAUCUCUGAUUCUUAGAUAAUGGAAUUCCAAGUUCAGCUGAAGAAUAAAGAGAAUAAGAACGCAUCCACAACCAGUAAGGUACACACGCACUACGUUUCGUGCCAACAAGGCUGCAGUAAUGUUGUUGUACAUUUCCCAUUUUCUGACCUCAUGGACCGACCGAGUUUUUGAGUUUCUUGCCUACAUUCUACUCGCCAAGAUCUUUCACGAGUCGCUGUUACUUCCCUCCAUUUAUGGCUUCAUCACGACAAUGUCAGCGGUAUUCUUUAGCAGCUAUGUCGGUCAUUGGGAAGACAAGUUUCCUCGGCUACCAUUCGUCCGCUAUACCCUGCUAGCACAAAAGGCGGCCAUUAUUACAUGCUGUAUUACAUUCUACCUCAUGCUGCAGAAUGAGGGCAACGACAACAACGACUCGUCGCGUAUGACAGGUUACUGUGUGAUUGUGGCGUGCAGCUGCAUACUCAAGCUAGCAUUUAUUGGCAACAAUAUCGCGGUCGAAAAGGAUUGGGUGACAGUAAUUUCGGGUGGCGAUACCGAGGUGAUGGUUACGGUGAUGCGACGCAUCGACUUGAUUUGUAAAACGGUUGCGCCCGUUUCAAUCGGAUUUUUGACCCUGGCACCGAGCGCACCCAUCAUCGUCGCUGUAUGGAACGCAGUUUCGUUUGUGAUCGAGUAUAAUCUAAUUUACCGCGUGUACAAGGCUACCCCUGCAUUGGACGAAGAAUACACACCGUUGCUUGAUCAUGAUGUUCUUCCUUCAUCGCCAACAACAACAGCGACAACCACAGCGAAUACAUUGCGGCAGCAGCAAAACGGGGGUAUCUCUUUUACAGACUAUGUGCGACAUGACAUUUUCCGGGCCAGUUUGGCGCUCUCCUUGCUCUACUUGACGGUCUUGUCAUUUGGUGGUAUCAUGGUAUCCUAUUUGAAACUCGAAGGUUAUGAUGAUGCUACAUUGGGUAUACUACGUGCAGUCGCCGGUAUUGCGGGUAUGGCUGCCACCUAUAUUCUACCCGUACUUUCACAACGCAUCGGCAUGAUACGCACUGGUUUAUGGGCACUGUGGUUCGAAGUCGCCUGUCUGGUCCCUGUCAUACUCUCCUUUAUCAAGUCGGUUCCAUAUGGUCCGGUGCUACUGUUUGGAGGCAUGUCAUUAAGUCGCAUUGGUCUAUGGCUGUAUGAUAUGGCGGAAACAAUCCUGAUGCAGCAGUAUGUUGAUGCUGACAAGAUCGGUGGAAUUGCUGGGUGGCAGCACAGUUUAUGCAACUUUUUUGAUCUGUCGCAAUACGUUCUCACCAUGGUGUUUUCUGAUCCAAGCAUGUUCUCCAUCCCGGUGUUCAUCUCGUUCUCGUCAGUGCUGUUGGCUACCUUUAUAUACACCUCAUUUGUCAAGAAGGAAAGAGGCCAUCUGGUCCAUUUGCAUAUGGACUAAGUAAUGGUUAUUGUACUGUAGAUACUUGUCUAGAAACUCCCUCAUUCAUUAUUCUUCUGCUUUAUCUAAUACAUUUAAAC